UUAGGAGGAUUCAGGAAGGGUGGGGUGAGUUUGAGAAAUAUAAGAGGGCGAAGGAAGGAAGCAGGUGGUUGUUGCUGUGAUACUCUCAGGAUGCCAAAAGCAAAGGGUCGUGUAGAAAUGACCUCUACAGAUAGCGGAUCUGAGGAGGAGGCUGAGAAUGACAGGAAGAAGAAGCUGGUACAUUCGAACCCAGCAAAGAGAGCGAAAAUGGAGCCCAAGUUGCAAUCAAGACCAGCAGCUAAGAAUCCUAACCCGGAGAGCCCAGAGGAAGGCAUGUUUCAGAUAGGAAAGCUGCGUUAUGUCCAUGUGUCCCUUUUUAAGGGGAAGGUCCUGGUAGAUCUCCGAGAAUUCUUUAUCGAUAAGGCUGGUGAUAUGAAACCUGGGAGGAAAGGGAUUUCCCUCUCUGCUGAACAAUGGAUCAACUUGAAGGAAAUUAUUCCGGAAAUUGAUGCAGCCGUCAAGAAAUUCUAAGAUAACAACCUACUUAAAAACACGUUAAAGAGAUUUGUGUGGUUUUUUUGGGGGGGGAGGGGGGGACAA